CUCAUAUUCCGCUCAUCUCCUUCUCAAGAUGAACUUUGCGCCCUACCAGGACGAGUCGCCCGAGGUGGAACGCGCCUUUUCGCCGUCGCUGGCCGACGCGAAUCGCAUUAAGUCUCCUGUUCUCCAGUCGCCUCGCGGAUCUCCUCCCGGCCCCGGACUCGCUUCCCCAGGGCUCCCCUCCCCCAGUCAGUUCGCCGGUGCGGGCCAUAUAAACACCAGUGGGCAUGGAAACACGGGUUUUGGAAACGAUGUGGAGAGCGGUCGUCGGAAUCUUGGGGCUUUCGACACCAGUCUCCCCAUCCGCAUGGACGUUGAAGCUAUGCUGGCAUAUCUGCUUCUGCCUCCCGCCGGUGGUGUCUUCCUCCUGUUGGUAGAACACAAGAGUGACUAUGUCCGCUUCCACGCAUGGCAAUCAAGCAUGCUUUUCACCGUCAUGUUUAUACUCCACCUAAUAUUCUCCUGGUCAAGCUUCUUCUCAUGGCUCUUGUUUAUCUGCGAUCUUGCAAUGAUCGGCUUUCUCAGCAUGCGGGCUUAUCGAGAUGUUGAUACACUCGAACAUUUCGAAGUUCCAAUCUUUGGCCGUCUUGCCAAUUCCUUUGUUGACGAUGAAUGAACUCGCUAUAAUAACGGCAUGAUCUCGCUCUUCACAUGAUUUGUGUCCCGAGGGUGCUCCCCUGAUGCUUCUUAAGCCACCUUGCCCGGAUAAUCCUCCUGAUCAAGGACUGGUGAGCCCUCCAUUGUACAGUGUCACUUGAACAUACUGCGGAACCUCUAUGUUUUUAUAAUUUGUUUCCUGCUGGCCUGCUGCGCAUGAUGUUCUGCUAUGUAUUUCUGUCACUUCCCAUCUUGCCGUCUUCACUCGAAUUGUAAUAUCUCUUUAUCACAUUUUCCUGCUGCUCCAUAUUGCGCUUCAUCAGAUUCCGUCGUUGCUUGCAUGACUGUGAAGGCUUAACAAGCUAUUCAUUUUGUAGUGAUGCUGAAAGCCUUGAUUCACAGCUUUUCGUGGAAUACAUGUCAACACAAUGGCUCGGCGUGUGCCCCAAUUCACCAUGUCCUUGCAUAUAGAAAUUUUGCUUCUGCGCCUGGCAACGAUGCCAUAGCUCUCCACUCAUCAUUCUGCAAAUGAGUCAAUGAGAUGUUUAGCCAAGGACACCAGACUCAUUUGCAUGGCUUCAGAUAUUCAGCCAGUAUUCGAUCGAGAAAGCACGAGACA